ACGCUGAUUGGAGGAGCGCUCGCUCCGCCCCCGGCUUUCCCUUCCCUGCCGCUGAGAGCGGGUGCCCGGUCAAGCAGCACCGGAGCGUCUCUUCUCCAGCCACGUUGCGAGAGCCGCGUGCCAGAACAGCCACGUGCUUGAGAACGUCGGGAGCCAGGAAUCUCUCCAGCUGACCGGAGCUGAAUCCCCGCACCCAUUGUAGCAAGAAAGUGAGCCCAGCGCAUGCCCGUGUGUCCUGCCGAGACAAGGGGAAAGAAUGGAUCCCACUGGGAAGAAACUGCGGUCAGAGGUUUAUUCUGAUAUCCCUGGAAACCCUGAGAGCGGAGCGGAGCCAGGUAAUGGCCGUAGCUGCAGGCUCAGGAAACGUACUGCAUGUACAGUUGCAGUGAGCGUCGUACUUGUCAUUCUGAUUGUUGCUGUUGUUGUUCUGGCAGUGCUGGUACUUAAAGCACAGCCCCAAUUCAUGGUCUGGUGCCCGGACAGCUGGAUCGGAUACCGAGGGAAAUGCUACUAUUUCUCUGAGGCUGAAGAGAACUGGAACAACAGCCGGAGCAACUGCUCUGUACUUGGCGCUUCCCUGGCUGUGAUUGACAGCGAGCAGGACCUGGUGAGAAGGAAAACAGACCCAUUCUGGGGGUUCCCGAUAAGAGGAGGAGGUAACUGCGCGUACCUGAAUGACAACGGCGUCAGCGCUUCAAGGUGCAUCACCGAGAGACACUGGGUCUGCAACAAACCUGAUGCGUAUACAAGCCAGAAAAACACGACGCAGAGGAUAAGGAAUUAUUAGGUUAAUUAAACUGAAAAACAACAGGAGGAACUUCAGCAGGAUCUGGCCACGUGAGAGGAACAGGCCACCCACCGGCAAAUGAAACAGUGUGACAUAUACACAGAGGGUCCAGUGGAGGAACAACUGAGGGUUGCUCAGCCAUCUUCCUAGCUACUAACAUCACCACAUCAGCUCAGGAGAAGGAGCCGGGGUGACGUGCUGACCCCAUUAAAAUCUAUGCACAUUUUUCCGUUCAAUUCAGUGAGGCCAGCAUCUCACCCAGGGAUGUCAUUGUAGAUCACCCAGCGCUGACCUCGGCUGAGCGUGCAGCAGCUGAUGACAAAGCAAACGAGAUGUUGGGGUAUAUAAGGAACGCACGAGGUGACAAUACAGAAAAUGCUCUGACGUCAUUAUAUGAAUCAAAGGGACACCCUGAUGGGGAACACUGUGUGCAGUACGGGUCACCCAUCUCCAAAAGGACACUGCAGAACUAGAGGAGGUUCAGACACCGGUAAGAAGAAUGAUGG